GUUUGUGUUGCAACAAUGGCCAAAAGGAGUGUUGCUUCCAUAGCUUUAUCAUCCCUAAGCAUUUUCAUUUCCAUGUUCUUUGUUGCUAUAACUCAAGAAGACCGAUCAAUAUAUUUGGUCUUAUUGGAAGGAGACGCGCUUGCUUUUCAUGAAGGUUCAAGGGACCAACAUUCAUCCACAAUUGACCCCAACAGUGAAGCCUCGAAGGCACAUGCAAAGCACUUAUUGGCAUCUCACGAUCUACUUCUGCAAAGUACCUUAGAGACUGGAAGCUACAAUAAACUCCACAGUUACAAACACAUUAUCAAUGGCUUUUCUGUCCACACAACCCCUUCCCAGGCCGCGAGACUAAGAGGUCGUCCCGGAGUUAAGUUGGUAGAGAAAGACAAAGGAGCGAAAAUGACGACAACAUACACACCUGAGUUUCUUAGUUUACCAAACGGAAUAUGGGCGCAAGAAGGAGGUGACAGAAACGCUGGUGACGGAGUUGUUAUUGGUUUAGUGGAUAGUGGCAUCAACCCAUUUCAUCCCAGCUUUGCUUACGAUCCCAUGCACCCUUUCACUUCCAAUCUCUCUCGUUUUGAGGGUGCCUGUCAGACUGGUCCUCUCUUCCCACCAUGUUCUUGCAAUGGAAAGAUAGUAUCAGCGAGAUACUUCUCCGCUGGGGCUGAAGCUACCGUUACCCUUAAUGCUUCAAAGGACUUUCUUUCACCGUUUGAUGCAGAUGGACAUGGCAGUCAUGUGGCAUCUAUUGCUGCCGGCAAUGCUGAUGUUCCUGUCGUGGUGAAUGGGUUUCUCUAUGGGCAAGCUAGCGGAAUUGCACCACGUGCAAGGAUUGCGGUAUAUAAGGCUGUCUAUCCCUCCGGGGGAACUCUGGCAGACGUUAUUGCAGCUAUCGAUCACGCUGUCUUGGAUGGGGUGAAUAUCUUAUCGCUCUCUGUUGGACCAAAUGAACCAGCGGAAGACAGGUUGACCUUCUUGAACAUGUUUGAUAUUUCUUUGUUAUUUGCACGAAAAGCGGGAGUUUUCGUGGUGCAAGCUGCAGGUAACAAGGGUCCAGCUUCUUCAAGUGUAGUGUCAUUCAGUCCCUGGAGUGUGGGUGUAGCCGCUAGCACCACAGACAGAAAGUACCCUGCUUCACUUCUUCUUAGAAAUGGCUCAAUACUCAGUGGAGUGGGACUAUCAGGUCCAACUUUUGGAAAUGGAUCAGUUUUCCAUAAGCUUGUUUUAGCUAAAGAUGCGGUAAAAAUAAAUGGAACAAACCCAAUGACUCCGGAGUACAUAGAGGAGUGCCAACAUCCAGAAGCUUUGGACCCUAAUAUAGUGCUGGGAAGUAUCAUUAUCUGCAACUUCUCAACUGGCUUCUAUAAUGGAACCUCAACUCUUGCUGCUAUUAUUGGCACCUCAAAGGCUCUAAGAACAGAGGGUUUUAUUCUUGUUGCGAACCCAAGCUAUGGUGAUUAUAUUGCAGAGCCAAUCCCUUUUGCUGUUUCUGGUAUUUUGAUCCCUCAUGUAGAUGAUACCAAGGUUAUAUUACAGUAUUAUGAAGAACAAACAAAGAGGGAUAAUAAAGGAACUGCCACAGAAUUUGGUGCUAUGGCAGCUGUGGGAGAAGGAAGAGUUGCCACUUUCACAGGGAGAUCACCUGUAGUUAGUAGAUUUUCUUCAAGGGGUCCAGAUAUCAUUGACAUCAACAAAAAUCCUGCAGAUGUGCUUAAACCUGAUGUUCUUGCUCCAGGGCACCAGAUAUGGGCAGCCUGGAGCCCUGUUAGUGCCUCAGAACCUAUGCUGAAAGGGCACAAUUUUGCAUUAUUAUCUGGUACCAGCAUGUCCACACCUCAUGUGGCUGGAAUAGCAGCACUUAUCAAGCAAUACAAUCCAUUAUGGACUCCAUCUAUGAUAGCAUCUGCAAUCUCCACAACAAGCUCAAAUUAUGAUAAUCUUGGGGACCAUAUGAUGGCUGAAGGCUUUGAGGCCAACAGCUUGCUUCCCUCCACUCCUUUUGAUUAUGGGGCAGGCUUUGUGAGCCCCAAUUGUGCCAUUGAUCCAGGUUUGGUACUAUCAUCAGAACAUGAAGACUUCAUCAGCUUUUUGUGCUCUUUGCCAAACAUAGACACGGAUGUAAUAAUCACAGCUACUGGAGAGCAAUGCAAUCACCCAUUUGACUAUCCAUUCAGUCUAAACCUUCCUUCAGUAACAAUAUCUGCCCUAAGAGGAUCAGUUUCUGUGCGAAGAACUUUCAUGAGUGUAGGGAGCAAGACAGAGACGUACUUGGGCUCUGUUAUACCUCCAAAUGGAAUUAUAGUCGACCUGCACCCAACUUGGUUUACCAUAAGUCCACAAGGAUCACAAGAUCUGGAAAUACAACUCAGUGUCAUCCAACCAAUGAAGAAUUAUAGCUUUGGUGAAAUUGUUUUGACAGGAAAUUUGAGCCACAUUGUACGAAUAACAUUGUCAGUCUUGCCAGUUUCAAUGUAA